GCCGUAGAACAACAUGCCGUAUUCCAGUCAAUGGUGACAGAAGCUAACAGCAAAAUGUUGCUGUCAUGGGCUUGGAUUUUGACGUUGUUAUUAAGUUUUGUGGGACAACACGUCACGUUUGCAUUGCAGGACGUUACUAGUGAUUUAUUUGGCACGGAGAAUGUUGGUACGGUAGCGGCUUUCGGUGACUUUAACUCUGAUAAACAGACUGACAUUUUCAUCAUCAGGAACCAUUCCGAGUUGUUUAUUUUCCUGGCUGAUCUUAAAGCUCCUUAUUUCAAACCUAAAGUCCAGCUGACUAAAGAGGCUUUCCCUGGUGACUUCACAAUAACUAGUGUGGUCCCAGGUGAUUAUGAUGGAGACUCUCAGAUGGAUGUGCUUCUUACUGGCCACCGAAAGGAUACCAUCACAAAAACAGUUGUCUUCAUCUUCUGGGGACAUAACCAAACUUUGGACCAGACUCAUAGGGUAGAACUCAACAGGACCUUUAAUGAUCAGCCCCUUGUCAUGGACUUUAAUGGGGACAUGAUUCCAGACAUUUUUGGAUCUGUGGGUGUUUCCUCGCAGGUUUGCUAUCUCAGGAGUAGGCAGGAAAAAUGUGAGACUGCUCUCAACUUGGAAGUCAAAAUGCGUGUCCCUCAUUCCAAUGCUUUCAUCGACCUCAACAAGGAUUUCGCUGCCGAUUUGUUCCUCACCACCAUGGAUGGAUAUGAGACCUGGAUCAAUAAGGAUGGGAACUUCACCCAAACCCUGUCUGUAAAGGCACCGGAGAAUGCGAAGCAAGUGGGUCAAUAUGCAUUCGUAGAUUUCGACGGUGAUGGCUCCCAAGACCACCUGUUGCCAGUCUGCAUGGAUAAUGCGUGUGACAGAAGUGCAAUUUACCUGGUCAAGCCUGGAGAGACAGAGUGGGUGCCGGUGCUGACAGACUUCAGGAGGAAGGAUUCUGUGUGGGGAUUUGUGCCCUCUCCAGACUUUCCCAUCACCUUGCACUUAGGAGACUACAACCUGGAUGGCUUUCCCGAUGCCCUCGUCAUCCUCCGUAACACCAGUGCUAGCAGCACACAGCAGCAGGCGUUCCUGUUGGAGAAUGUGGCGUGUAAUAACGAGAGCUGUCGGACGGCAGGCCGCAUGUUCCUUGUGCACUGGGAACAGUCAGACCUAAGUGCCAUCAGCAAGGCUGCUGUGGCCACAUUUUUUGACAUCUAUGAGGACGGUAUAUUAGAUAUGAUGGUGCUCAGCAAGGUGGAAGGAAAGGAUGAGCUCGUCAUCCACGCUUUGAAGAACAACUUUGAGGCCGACGCGUAUUUCGUAAAAGUGAUCGUGCUCAGUGGCCUGUGCUCCAAUGACUGUCCAGAAAACGUCAAGCCCUUUGGUGUGAACCAGCCUGGCCCGUAUGUCAUGUACACAUCGGUGGACUCGAACGGUUAUCUGAAGAACGCGUCUGCGGGACAGCUCAGCCAGUCGGCUCAUCUCGCGCUCCAGCUGCCCUACACCGUGCUCGGUCUGGGGCGCAGCGCCAACUUCCUGGAUCACCUGUUUGUGGGCAUCCCCCAGCCCCCUGGAGGGAAGGACCUGAGGAAGCAGGAGUGGACCGCUAUCAUUCCUAACUCCCAGCUCAUCGUUAUACCAUAUCCACAGAAUGACCCUCGCAGCUGGAGUGCAAAGCUCUACCUUACCCCCAGUAAUAUCGUCUUAUUGACGGCGAUAGCACUGAUUGGCGUGUGCGUCUUUAUUCUCGUCAUCAUCGGGAUUCUGCACUGGCAGGAAAAGAAAGCAGAUGACCGGGAGAAGAGACAGGAGGCCCAUCGCUUUCAUUUUGAUGCUAUGUGAGAAUUUGGAGCGGGCUUUGUGGGUAUUUAUUUCCACUUUUUUCCACACUGGAGCAUUUUAUGCAUUUAAUAAUAUCUGAAAUCAGAGGAAUCGAUCUAAAUAUGAAUAGUUUGAACAGUGAUGUGUCUCUCUGGAUCUGUUGAUAUGUUUUCUGUCAAGGUGUGUUUUUUUUUUUUUUAAACAAGAUCCUAAAGGCAAUAACGACGUUUGCACAUUGAGAAGAGAGAAAUGUUUUGGUGCCAUUUUUUUGUACUUUGGUUUGGGACAAACAUGUUAUUUUAAAACUCUGUCUUUAUUUCUCUGUAUUGUUAAAGUAUCUGGUAAAUGUCAAGUGGGCAGAAACAAAACUGGUAAUUUUCUCUUCUUGUUUGUUUUGUUUCAAGUUUUAUGUCAUGUGUUUUGAAGGACGUAAUUAAUUGUCAGCCUUUAUGUCUAUGAAUGUAUCAGAGUGACAGUUCUUUCUGAACCUCUUUAGUCUUUACUAAAUAAAAGCUUUGACUUCAAGUGCUACAUGAGGCCCUCUGUUAACAAAGGUGUCCUCUGCAAACUGAUUUUAUUAGAUUCAUUAACUUGACCCGAGGUAUCAAUAUUAUAAAGCAAGUCAAAUCCCCAAACCUAACUGCCUGAGGUCAACAUAAAGCAGGCUGCUGUUUCUGCAUGCACUGUCCUCUGUUUGCUUUCUAGUAAUUCCCUCUGUCUGUCCUCUUUCCAAUAGUAAGACACUUGUCUGUUUCAAAGUGGUAUUAUUUAUUUUACAUGUUUUUAAAACACUGGAAAUUAAUUAUGUGCAGCUGAAGAAUGUUUAUUGUGAAGGGUUUUUUGUUCUUGACUGUAUAUAUGUGACGUGUUUGAUCCAUGCAUUGAUUCAUAUGCUCAUCUCUUUUACCUUUAAAAAUGGUGUUGUUAUGGUGCACUAUUUGCACAUUAAGUGAUUUCACUUUAAAAGGAAAAUUCAAUUGUCAAAUCACAAUACAUCUGCAUACUAAACAUGCUUAUUGACUGGCCUGCAAUUGCCUGUGGUUUUCACUAAUUGUUUCUGGUCAGGUGCAUAUGUUUCCUAACAGGUUUUGCAUCUGUGAUCAGUUUUAAUUAUUAAUGAAUCACUCUCAAUGUGUUUUGGUUGCGUUGAAAUGCUGUUUUGUCAUUAGAUGUCUACUGGAAUGUUGAAUUAACAAUAAACAUGACCAAAUGCUUUAUUACCUAA